CUAGAAUGGGAAUGAUAUGCUUAGAUAAUGGGUCCUUGCUGUCUGAAGAGAAGAGUGUACAUUAUUGGCAACUGUAAGGUAUUCUGUGAGUUCUGCUUGGAUAUACUUCAUGGAGGUGCCAUAAAAAAAUCAAAACGCAUUAAAGAAUUGUUAGCCAAAUAAUCUAUCUAUACCAAUGGAUUUCCAGCCAUCUUUUAUAAAAGAAAAACUCUUCUUCAGUAUGAACACAACUCCAGAAUGUAUUUUCCCUGCGCUCACAAACUGUUCUCUAGGCAAGAAUCGAACGGAAGUGCAAACAGCAAUCCACAAGGCCACACUGGCCACCUGCACCUUGCUGCUAAUGCUGGUCUUCUGCCUAGGAUCCUAUGGAAAUGUAAUUGUAUUUUUCUCCUUCUUCAAUCCCGCUUUCAGGAAAUUUAGGACACAUUUUGAUUUUAUGAUCCUGAAUCUGUCAUUCUGUGACCUCUUCAUCUGCCUCAUUGCAGUCCCCAUGUUUGGCUUUGUGAUGCUCUUUGAUAACAGGAGCAGUAUGUCAGACACAUUCUGUUUUGUAUUCCACCUCACUAGCACAGGGUUUGUCAUAAUGUCUUUGAAAACAGUGGCUGUGAUCGCUCUCCAUCGUCUAAGAAUGGUGCUAGGGCAACAAACGAGUCAUUCCUCCUCAUUUGUCUGUAUACUUCUCCUUACAGUUGUUCUGUGGGUCAUCAGUUUCACCCUAGCCACAUUGUCAGCCAUGACUAAGUACCACAGCUCCAAGAUCUGUGUCCCUCUGCUCGGGCUCAUUAAUGAAGAUGGCAAGGCCAUUUUAUACACAUACGUCGUGGACUUUACCCUCUGUGUGGGCAUUGUUGCAAUUUCUUAUGCUAUGAUUGCUCAAACUCUCCACAAGAAUGCACAGGUUCGGCGUUGCCCUGUGAUUACAGUGGUUGAUCCCAAAAAGCCCAACUGUUUUGUCACUCCAGAUGGAUCACAGCCCUCUUUAUACAGAAAGCAGAAAGGCAGCAAGACACCCCAUGUACAAACCCACCUAUAUACACAUAAUGAAAACAAAAAUGUGAUCAGUUCCAACAAGAAGCUAGAACACAUUGUGAACCUUUCAGCUGCUAAGGACUCCAAAGCAGUAGUGACCUGUGUUAUGAUACUAUUAUCAGUGGUCUGCUGCCUGCCUUUGGGUGUAGCUCUGGUGCACGAUGUCUUAUCCUCAGAGAGCAGCUUUAUCAUCUACCAAUUUGAGCUGUGUGGAUUAACCUUGGUGUUUUUUAGGUCAGGCCUCAACCCAUUUAUCUAUUCUCGCAACAACUCUGGUCUCCGCAAGAAGGUGGCUUGGUGCACGCAGUUUAUGGCCCUCCUGCUGUGCUGCAAGCAGAAAACAAGACUGAAAGCAGUUGGGGAUGGCAGCCUGGUUGUGAACAGGAACAAGUCUUCACACCAUGAUACUAAUUCAGCCUACAUCCUCUCCCCCAAGUCACAGAAAAAGCUCGUAGACCAGGCCUGUGGGCCAAGCAAUUCAAGAGACAUCUUCACUUCUGUGGAGUACCCACGAAAAGCACAAAGUGCCUCCACCCCUAUCAACACUAGGAUGGAGCCAUACUACAGUAUCUACAACAGCAGCAUCUCCCAGGGAGACAGCACCCCUACAAGUUUGCAGCCCAGGAGAUAUACUUUUGGUUCGGUUCAGUCCUACGCUGGAAUGUACUACCACAUCUCAAAAACAUCAGACUUCAUGCAGGACUGUGACAGCACUUCAGUGAAACAUAUCCCCAUUCCUUCUGUCUAAUACCAAUCAUGUGAAUAUUGACAUAAAAGGCGGCAAACAUAAAUCACUGAAGUCAGUGGUGUCAAAAUUUCUUGUUUGGAAGUUAUCUCUGUUGACAAAUCUCAAUAAUUUAAGGACAUUGCCAAUUAAACAGCAAUUUAAAUGUAUACACUGUUAAAAUAUCAAAUAUAACAAUGAACACUGGUUAAUAGCUAAUGAUUGUAAAAAUAUGAUGCAGCAUGGCUUAUGUAUGCGUCCCUUUGGAAUUAUGUAUCCUGCAAAUUGUGUAACUGUUCACCCAGAACAACUAAGAACUGGAUAUUUGAGAACAGUAUGAGCUAAGUUGAUGGCAGAGACUGAUAGUCAUUAAACUGGCUUAACGAACAGCUAGAAACAUAGUACACUCCACAAAAUGAUUACAUCUCCCUUGAUCAGUACUUGCUAUUAGCCAGGUCAUUCCCGGGAGAAGAAAAGCUGGGAUCUUUUCCUAUACUAAUCAAUCAUAUCUUCCAUCAAGUUAAGCAUAAAACAAUAUCAGUGAUAAUCACUGUUUGGACCAGUCCUUGGCCUGAACACAGGGCAGUUAAUAUAAUGCAAUUAUAAUGAGCAGUAAUGUGUCGUGCUCCCUAAUUAUGUCAGCAAAUAAUGAUUUCUCCGUAAAAUUAACACUUCCCAUCUGCAACCGUACAUAGUGUAUAAAAUAAGUCAACAUAAUGGCAGAGAUACCAAAAGUCUUCUGUUAUGACAAUAGGGAAAGAAAGAAUUUUGUAGACUGUGGGCUGAAAAUAUUGCCAAAACUGCAAGGUCAGACCAGUGCAAAGGUAAUACGUUCAGGGCAAGAUGCCCACACAAUCAAGUCAAACAGUUCAGCAUCCCCAUUAUAUAAUGGAUGAGGGGGAAAGCAGAGGUGGGGAAGGGAAGAGCAGGUUACCUAUUUCAGCUACUCUUUAAUUUGUGAUUUAAAGCUGGGCUGCUGAAAAUUCAUCAAAAACAGAUGGUUGCAGAAUGGACUGAAUCAAUUACAAUACUCUGAAGGAAUGUUGUAGGAAGGAGGUCCGACAAAGGGGGCAACUGCCCUGCAAUAAACAGCAAUGACAAGAAGGG